AAUUUGUAUACUUUAUAACAAAAAUACGAAAAAAGUUGUGGAAAAGUGCAUUUCGAUUUGGUAAUGGAUGUAAACAAAUUUUACGGAAAGAGGUUUCACAACCUUUCUGCGGCCACCGACUAUAUUGAAUCAAGCGACCGUAGUCACUUCGACUUCGCUAUUAUACCGCCAAAUACCCACUGGGACACAGAUGAGGAGGACAUUGAAGAGGAUAAUAUAUUGCGUGAUGGUAUUCCAAGGGAUGUUCCGGGCGAAGUUGACUUAUUUUUGAGCAGUGACAGUGACAGUGAUGAUGAUAUUCCUCUUGCAAGCUUACAAAAAAGGCAAAAGUUGUCAAAAUAUUUAAAUCCAAAAUGGAGAAAGAGAAUAACAAGUGCGGAAAUUCCAGAAACGCAUUUUUACGAACAAUCCCAACUUGAAGCGUGUUCUUUAUUGGUAACUAAGAACCCAGUUGAAAUUUUUGAAACUAUUUUUGACGAUGAGGUGGUAAAAUUAAUAAUCGAUCAAACGAAAAUAUAUGCCUUGCAGCAUAACAAGCAUGAUUUUUGUUUCAAUGAGGAGGUUCUUAAGAGGAUCAGAAAGAAAGUCUCCCAUUAG